GUCAGUCCAGUUCACUCGCUUAGGUCAUUGGCAGGCAAUCGAAUCGAAUUGUCGCCGCCAUCUUUCUUUCUCUCAAAUUUUGUCAGCAGGCAGAUUAUAAAAUGGGUACUGUGGAACGCGCCGGUGAUGAUCACACCUCGGAGGUGGAAUCUGGUGAAGAGGAAGAAAUUGUUGCUGGCGGUGAACUCGCCCAACAUCUCAUGAAAAGCGGCAUCACCCGCAACGAGAUGUUUGCCGCGAUCACGAACCGUCUUCACGCGGAGGCGAUGGCUUCGUUACCGCCGAAUGUUCGUCGGCGCGUGAGGGCACUGCGCUCGCUUCAGAAGGAGUUCGUUGACAUCGAGGCGAAGUUCUACAGCGAAGUGCACGCACUCGAGUGCAAAUAUGAGAAACUUUACAAACCACUCUUCGAAAAGCGAGCUCAAAUAGUGGGUGGGGAUUACGAGCCAACAGAUGAUGAGUGUCAGAAUCCGUGGCGUGAUGAGACGGAAGAGGAGGAGUUGGCGCGCGCUGUACAAGGCGCCGCCAUCACAGAUGGUUCCGAUGAUAAAACUAAACAGCCCGGAGACGAAAUUAAACCUAUCGAGCCACCGAUGGACCCUAACGUAAAAGGAAUCCCUGACUUCUGGUACACAAUAUUUAAGAAUGUGUCAAUGUUAUGCGAGAUGAUGCAAGAACAUGACGAACCUAUUUUAAAAUGCUUGCAGGACAUUAAAGUGCAAAUGCACGAAGACCCUAUUGGCUUCACCUUAGAGUUCCACUUCGCUCCUAACGAUUACUUCACGAACACAGUGCUAACAAAAGAAUAUUCAAUGAAAUGCAAGCCAGAUGAAGAGAAUCCUUUAGAGUUUGAGGGACCAGAAAUUUAUUCAUGCAAGGGUUGCGAAAUCAACUGGAAGAAGGGCAAGAAUGUGACCGUGAAGACGAUAAAGAAGAAGCAGAAGCACAAGUCUCGCGGCUCAGUUCGCACUGUCACCAAGUCUGUUCAGGCGGACUCUUUCUUCAACUUCUUCGCCCCUCCCGCUAUGCCCGACGAUCCUAACUCUACCCUCGCAUCCGAUAUACAGGCACUCCUAACUGCCGAUUUCGAGAUCGGCCAUUAUAUCCGUGAACGCGUCGUGUCUCGUGCCGUCCUGCUCUACACCGGCGAGGGGCUCGAUGAUGACGACGAAGAUGACUUCGAGGAGGAGGAGGAUUCGUACUCCGAGGGAGACUCUGGCACUGAGGAGGAGGAGGAAGAAUGUUCGACGGAAGAAAGCGAGGAGGAUGAACCGGUCCCGAGGAGGCGUGGCAUGAAGAAGCACGGGAAGCCACACGACACCCCUGCCGAGUGCAAGCAGCAGUAGCGGUAACACAAACCUUCGCGCUUAUUAUAUAAGGUCCAAAUUCGCACUGUUAUUAGGCUUCUAGCCGCAACGCCGAAAUAUUCGCUGAGAAUCUAAACCCCCGGCAGUACUAAACAAAUUCGGUGCGUAAGUGUCUUAAGAUAAACUUUGCGGGUGAUUUGAAACAUAAGCACUGGAACGGUUUUUUUUUUUAUAACUUUGAAUACGAACUAUAGUUGAUAGGAAUGUUGCUCGGUCCGAAUCACCCGCCGUGAGGUCAUAAUUAUAUAUAUAUACUAUUAAAUUCAGUAUUGUAAUUGGGAUAAGACUUAAAUUUAUCAAAUUGUAACUGUUAAAUAUAUAUAAUGUAAAGAAAAUAUACUGAUCAUACUGCCCUGUUAAAUACUUGUGUUCUAGUAUCAGUGAGUAACGUCGGCAUGUUGGUGUUUUGCGAGAUUGCUAAUGCGCAUAAAAUGGUAAUUAAUAGUUGUCAAUAUAUAUCUACUGAAGUGUCAUGUUACGUCUUAUAGUAACAAGCUUUUUGUAAGACGUUAAUAUUUGUUAUAUUACCCAGUUGCUGCUAGUUAAACAAACCUCUCGGGGCGGUUACAGUGCUUCACCGACAGUUCAUUGAUACUGAACACCAUCUGUGACGUCACUACAACGCAUCUCGGCAACAUAGUUGAAAUAAUUUUCAGUGUAUAAUCAAUCGCCGUGGAAAUUGGACGCAUUCAAAAGCAUUUACCAUAAUCAGUUUAUGUAUUUCACUAAAGAUUACUAAUUAUUUGACUAUCAUUUAUCACUUUUACUUUAUGUUCAAACUCGAAUAUGAAUUGGUCCUUCGAGCCGGAUUUGAACCAACGAAUGGAUUUUAUGUUUGGGUUUGAACAUAAAAUAUGAUUGAUUGUUAAAUGAUAGUCUCUUUUGUGAAAUACACAUUUAUCGAAUAAAAUUUAACUGAUUAUGAUAAACUAGCUUUCCGUCAGCGGCUUCGCCCGCGUGGUCUCGUAUUAUACAUAAAAACUUUCCUUUUGAAUCACCCUAUCUAUGAAAAAAAACCGCAUUGUAAUCCGUUGCGUAGUUUUAAAGAUUUAAGCAUACAUAGGACAGAAAGACUUUUUUUAUGCAAUGUAGUGAUGCUAUUGACUGCAUCCGAUUUGAUUAUGAAAAUUAUUUCAACUAUAUUUAUCUGAGACGCAUUGUAAUGACAUAACUGACUGUGUUCGGUAUUAAUGCAAUGCACCGAACACCGACCGUCGGUGCGUUCGUCAGUCGCGCUUGUCUUUUCUAUGUAAAUUAAACCCUAGUGCAGAAAUAACCGUACGCGCGCAUAAUUUUCACGCAGUGCGUACGGAAAAUGCGUACUUCAGUCGAGGAGUGUGAAACUGAUGAAGGUUUCGGCUAUGUUAUUCUGUUAUAAAAUCGGCCUCGAACUUUACGUCGACCACAGUGCUGUUACAUAAAGAUUUACAAUGAAGUGAAACAUUUAUUUUUAUUUCAUUGUACAUUUAUUUUAAACAGCGCAUAGUGAUUCCGUAAUAUGAUUCCGAAUUUGAUAUGUAUGAGUCAAUUAAUCGUGUUUUGUAUUUUGAAUAGAAUCAAAAGAAUGUUCAAUUUUUAUAUAUCUCGUUGAAGUAGGUUAACCUAUAUUAAGUAUUUAUUAUUGAGAAAACGUUAAAUAAAAGAAAUGUUGAUGUGGUUUGUGGCCAUAUAGCCAUGACCCAAUGCCAUUUUUCGAUGAAAUUAAGAAAAGAGUGUUUAUAAAACCGGCUAUGUUCGAAGUCUAUUUUAUUACAGAAUAGCGAUACCGAUCACUAUAGGUCUGCACACGGAUGAAGAGUGCGCUUACGAAUGUUACAAAUUGACUGCCGUGGAGCACUAGGCAACCACUCAUAAAAAUUAGGAAAUAUCUCCUCAACAUUCCUGAAACUAAGAGGAAAUGUUAGCCAUGUUGAAAGUUGUCCGCCUCUUGUCUGUCAUAUAUAUUUUUGUGUCCAUUAUUUUAUAUUUGUAUUAAUAUCGGUGCUGAAGGCAUGAUAGCUAAGUGAUAGUAAAUAAGACCCAGUGUGAUGUGUAUCGUUACAGUGCUUGUAAUAUUGUUAACAACGUGUUUGAUGCAUUAUGCAGUCUUUGAGACUGUGUUGUUUUAAUUAUGAAUUUUCAAAGGUAGUUAUUCCUAGCUAUCUAUCUAUCUAUAUGUAUAUUAAAAAAUAAAACAGCUUUAUUUUUCAAUACUUUUGUUCCUAUUGAAAUCGUCCCGUAUCAUCGAUUCGAUACGACCAUUGAAUAUCAUGUAAUUGUUAGAUUUAGACAUCUUAAAACAUGUGUUAUUAUAAUUUUAACAUCGGAAACGAUUUUAGAGUCGAGUUGCAUCACGUACAGCUAUAGGGUAUUUGUACACGACAAUUUUUAAAUAAAUUCAAUAAUUAC